AUGACUUCGCGCAUCCCGCUGCCGUUGCGACUAGUACAGUGCGAUUUGCGGGCUGCCACGGCGAACGGCCGCAGCGGCGCCGGCUCCCGUGUCAUGACUGCGUACAAGCCCAGCGGUCUCCCGUGCUACGCUGCAUCACAGGUAAGAGCGGUGGCUGCCAGUGGCGGUGAUGGACGCCGCCUCUGCGCUAUUCAUGUGCGGCAGACAUCCUCUGCGUCAUCCUCACCGGCCGUUGUCGAGGCGGGUCCACAACCGCACCCCGAAGACCCGAGCGACUCCCUCCUUGCCCGUGUUGUGGAUGCUGCUCUUCCGGGGUGCACACCGUACGUCGCCCUGCCUGUUAUAUCGUCCCUCCUGCGCCGCGGGGGUCAGGGCACUGCCGCGGCCGCGCAGCUGAAUCAGUGGACUUGUCGCCACAAGGGUCUUGUCGUGGUGACGGGGACGCCGAGUGACGCUUUGUUCCUGCGCAAUGCUGCACAGCUUGGCCUUGUGCAGCAGGCAUACCGAGUGCUGUGCCACCUACCAGCCGGUGUCGCCCCAGCAGCGCGUCGGUAUUUGCGCGCACACCACAGCUGCACACAGCCGCAACAAGCCAGCGAAGGCGUGUCCACGUCAAUAGGGAUGCACAACCGAUAUGUGCAGGCGCACUUGGAGCAACGCCGACGGCGGCAGCAGCUUGCUGACAUUUCAGUCGGCAUUCCUCUCAGUGCUGAGUCACUUCCUGGCACUACGAAGGUCAGAGCGGCACUAGCGUCGACGCUUGUGUGCGAUGCCCGGCUGCCUGCAAGCGUACACCCGCACCCCCUCGUCUCGGGAGGCUUUUUUGAUGUGGCACGCGGCCAGCUUCGCGUGCAAGGCACGGUGAAGUGCUAUGUGCGAACGCAAGCGCCGCUCGCGACAUCCUCGGCAGCGCGCGUGCACCAGCGGUCGCGGCUGCAAAGUCUUUUCCUCGCGCCCGCUGCUGACACGACUCGCCACGGCAUCAAGACAAGCAGUCCUGAAGAGGUUAUGUGUGAGUCCCGGCACCCCUGGAUGCAGCCGUUGUGGCGUCUCGGCGUCUCUCUCGAUGCGCCGCACAUGGAGUGUGAGAUGGCAGCAGAGGACGGUAGCAACGGGGAUCGUCCCCGCCGUGCUAGCGUUCAGGCACCACGUGGCAAGUCAUUGUCGAUGGAGGUCCGGUUGGUAUCCUUGUCCCCGCGAGACGACAGUGAUGUGGCGUUGUACGAGGUGCAUACUCACGGCGAUACCACUGCCGACGAGGUAGCUGCCGUGUUCCAGGCGGAGGGCCUGCGUGUGGUGAACGACUAUGUACAAGAUGUGCCGUUGGCGAUGGCGGUGGAGGAGGUGGCCACGCGUAUGCGAGCGGCACCACCUAGCCUGCUGCACGAGCUUCCACUAGGGCUGCAGCACCGCCUUCACUCGGCGACAGCAGAGGAGCUGGUUGCACUGCCGCUGACACGAAUUCCACUUGAAGAUGCCGAUUGCCUUUCUGCGCAACAUACCCUCCUGCAGCUCUCCGCACUGUCGCCACCGCUGUCGUUCGCCGAAGAUGUGGAGCGACUGCGGCAGGUGGUACUCACCGCCGCGUCGUCCGCAGGCGGCAACACACGCCACCCCCUUCAGCAUCUUCUCCUACACGCCCUCUCGUCGUUGAAGCUCACCAACGAAGCGGAGCAACGCGUGUACCAGCAGGUGCUUGCGCUGGCACUCGGCACUGGCAUCGAGUGCACCGGUGUUGUUUUCCCAGACCCAUCGGACGAAGGCAACGUGCAUGCCUUGCAGCAGCUGUGGCUCACCUAUGAGAAUCAACGACAGCGACACCCGUCCCUGGCCGACGCGGCGCGUGCGGCGCGACAGCACCCGCUCGCCUCUUCGCUACGGUACACUACCCGAAGCCUCCUCGACGAUUCCGCUGGGCUGACUCGUGUGCCACUUCUUGCGGAUAUGGCGCUAGGCACCACGUCAGAGGUUGCUACAGCGCCAUCGUGUGCACAUGGCCGCAGCAGCGAUAUUCUUGGUGCUCGUGGCGAGUGCAGCUUUACCCAGGCUGUUGAGCUGCUCCGCUCUUCCGCUCACUCGCAGACGGAAGAGGACGGGCACGGCAUAUCUGGCGACGAGGCGCGUGACACGACGGCGUCUGCGCCGCCGAGUAUGAAUGGAACGGUGACGCGGUGGAUGCAAACAGAAGUGCCACCGGCUUACAAACGAGCUUUCCAGGAGUGGUGCGCCGCAUCUGUGGUUCCGUCCUGUUGCACCGAUACGACUUCUCCUGCUGCGGGUGUUGGCUCUCUCUUGCCGUCACCUACAUCCUUGUUAAGCCACUGCAACGUCCCGGACACAUCAGCAGAGCGUGGAUCCGAACUUGCCGCAAAAGACCCCAGCUCAAGCGAUGAAGGUUGCCACCCAGCAGUCCCACCGUGGAGGGCGCCUCUGGAGCACAUCGGCCUCCCGGUGCGUGUGUUCCUGCGUGUGGAAGAGCUGGCGGAGCUGCGGUGUGCGCACUGUGACGGAGUGGGGCACACGUGGCAUCACUGCGGCGCGCGUGUCGCGGAAGCUGCGCAUGUAUUGGAGGAGGAUGAUGCGGUAGCCAAGUCGUUGCCGCUCCCGGUGGGCAGCACAAGCGCCGCUGAUGCGUUAACUUGCCUUGAGACCAUGCCAGGCCCACUGGAGAAUUCUGUGAUGGACAGCGAAGGGCUAACAUCGACCGGUGACGCCGCGGCUGUACUCGCGGAGCAGGCGAAUGCUCUUGUGCGGCGUCGUCAGCGCCAGCAGCAGCACCUUGUGGGUAUCGGCUACGGUGAUGAUGCUUCUGCGUCCCUGUCUGCAUCCUCGUCCCCAUUCCUAGUCGACUCCCCGCUUAUUGCUGUCCCCAAUGUCGCGGCAACGCACCGCUUCAAGGCUAGCCACGUCCUGCUUAGCGAGUCGAGAAAACCUGCCCUGCACCGGCGAGUUAUGCGAUGUGUGUACUGCGGUGGCCGUCAUCAUGUGACGGUGUGUCCGACGCUGCGGUCGCAGGAUAGCGAGUCCGAGGCGCGCCGUGUCCACGCUGCAGCCGGCGCUUUACCAUUCUUCUGCAUCAAGUGUGGCCAAACUGGCCACCUCUACACACUCUGCCGAGACAUCCCAGCAGGCCUGCACCACGCGACGCACUGCCCCAUCUGCCUCCAGACCCGUACCAGCGCGUCGCACGAUCCGGUGCACUGUCCGCGGCGAGUGUCCGUGCCAGAAGGCUACCGGCUCAACGGUAUACCAGAAGCAAAGGAUAGCCAGACUCAACAUGAGCCAUCCUCAUGGCGGCCAUCGGCUCGGUCACAGAGGCAUUCUGAGGGUACUAUCCCGCUUACAGCUGAUAGACAGCCGUGCCAUGAUAGCAGGCAUGUUGGUGGCGCGUCUUACCGUCGCCGACGCCGCGGCUCCGUGUUGAUUGCGGACAGCUAUGUCGACAGCAAGUGA